AUACCAACGCAGGAUUUAAAAAAAAAGAUAUUUCAGCCCGUGAAAUUAGAGUUUGUUAUUUCUAGCAGCCUUUUUUUUUAAAUAACAAUAAAUAACAUUCGGUUAUACUUCCCUAAUUGCAUAUUUAUUUAUUUAUUUAUUUAUUUUAACAUGCACACAUCUGAAAAAUCCUACACACUUAUAGAUGGUCCCUUGAAGCCGCGCUGUCUUGCUUCAUAACACAGAUAACAGCAUUCAAUGGAGUGCGGCUGCUGCAUGAUGUCAUCCAGCUCAGGGAAGAUGGCUGCGUUGUGUGGCGGAGAUGGGUGCCUGGGAUUUACUGGGGAGAUUUCUGAUGCACAAGGGAAGAAACUGACCGAUCUGCCGGCAGAGUUACUCGAGUUUAUCCUGUGCUCCCCUGUUCUGAGUUACCUUGACAUAGCCAGCGUCUCUUGCAGCUGUAAGCGUCUGCACGAUGUCUGUCACGGCAGGGGGAAGGUCUGGGAACACCAGUAUAAACUCAGAUGGCCUAGGUUGCUGAAGUACUACCGGCAGCUGGAGUGCUGUGAUUGGCUGAAGGAGUUCCAAACACGCCAAUCCGUGGGACUGCAGAUCCGAAAAACCAUCGAGUCAUUUUCCAAGCGCUUCUUUGUGGAAGUCCCUUGCGUUGGCCAGGUUCUGGGGGACAGCUUCAAGGAGCUUGAGUCCCUGGGGGCCCCCGAGCACUUCUGUGAGGACGAGCUGAUCUCCAUCCUGAACUCUGACAAGAGGAAAAGCUUGACACUCAAGUACUAUGCAAAGAAAAUUCUUUACUUCCUCCGACAACAAAACGUCCUGAAGAGCCUGAAGGGCUUCCUAGGGAGAUCCCCAGACCAUCAUUCCCCCCUGGAGGGGGCUGUCCUGAUAGACCAGUACUGUAAUCCGCUGGCAGAAAUCUCCCUAGAGAGCAUCUCAGCCCAGCUGGAGGAGAUUACUGCCAAGAUCAAAAAGACCCUGCAGAUGAGAAACCCAACACACCCCAGCUUGAGAGUGGCAGAUGAGGAUCUGGAGGACCUGGUCCUGCAGAGGCAGGUUGUGUGUGCUCUGAACAGCGUCCUGUAUGAGCAGCUGCAGUACAAAGGAAACGAGAGCGACUACUACAACCCUCUCAACUCCUAUCUGCACCAGGUGCUGACCCGGCGCACAGGUAUUCCCAUCAGCCUGUCUGUGCUCUACCUGACGCUGGCAAAGAAGCUGGGGGUGAAACUGGAGCCAGUGAACUUCCCCAACCACUUCCUGCUGCGCUGGUGCCAACGAAGCGAGCGGAGUUCGGAUAUCUAUGAUUACGUUUACAUUGACGCCUUCGGGAAAGGCAAGCAGCUGACGGCGAAGGAAUGCGAGUACCUGAUUGGCCACCAGGUGACAUCGGACUAUUACAGCGCGGUCAGCACCGAGGAGAUGCUGCUGAGGAUGGUGGGAAACCUCCUCAAUAUCGGCAAGCGAGGAGAAGGCAGCGAGAAGUCCUACCAGCUGCUGAGGGACUCACUGGAUCUCUACCUCACCAUCAACCCUGAUAACGUCCAGUACCUGCUGCUGCAGGCCAGGCUGUACUUCCACCUGGGGAUCUGGCCUGAGAAGGUAAGGCCUGCUCCAGGGCAGGUGAGCGAUGUUAUGUUGUUCCUCUCCCCACAGGUCCUGGAUAUUCUCCAGCACAUCCAGGCCCUGGACCCGUCUCAGCACGGCGCUGUGGGCUACCUGGUGCAGCACACCCUGGAGCACAUCCAGCACAAGAGCCACCCGGCUGAGCCUGAGGUCAAGAGAAGAAGUGACAAGGAGAACCGGGAGGUGCAGUACUCCACGGGGCUCAUCAUGAGACACAAACGGUCUGGUUAUAACUGUGUGGUUUACGGCUGGGAUGCCAAGUGCACCAUGGGUCUGGAGUGGAUUACCACCAUGAGGGUUCACCAGCUGCCAAACGGACCCAACCAGCCCUUCUACAACGUGCUGGUCCCAGACGGCACCUCCCGAUACGCGGCACAGGACAACCUAGAGCUUCACCCCUCGCCGCUGGAAAUCUCCCAUCCCGAGGUGGGACGCUACUUUUCCGAAUUCAGGGACUCCCACUACACGGAUAACGAGCAACUGCAGAUCUGCUACCCCGAGGACUUGGCUCACACCACUAGGAUAACACAGGAGCUCUACAGCACCCUGUCCACCGGCUCUGAGCAGGAGGGACCAGCAGAGCCACAGAUGCACCCUGCAGUGAAGAGUCAGAGCCACUGACUCGGGCUGCUCUGCUAGCCAAGACUGACACGCAACUUGCCAACGACUCAGUGCCAAGAACCAUUUUUAUGUUGUAACCACAUGACAACCUCUCCCCUUUACCCUGUUCAUGGAACGGUUUUGAUAAAGUUACCUCGGCAAGUCCUUCUCCAGUACCUGCACUUAUGAAAAGACACUUUUAAAAUGUUUCUUUCUCCUUUGAUGUUGGAGGUGAUUUGUUUCUCUUCAAUCUUCAAUUAAAACCUGCAGUAAAUACAAA